GACAACGUAAAAUCAACAUAUACCUGCCACGUGUUGGAAGCACUGAGUGAGUCGUGCUGAUCGACUCAACAGAUAGAUCUUUCGUCCUCAUGGCAAGCGGAGGCAAAGUCCAAGUUAAAGUCAAACCACAGCGAUGGUAUCUAGGCGGAAUCGCUGGCUGUAUGACAGUUUGCUUUACUCAUCCGCUCGAUCUAGUGAAGGUUCAUUUACAGACACAGCAGUCGACGCAGAAGGGGAUGCUGAACAUGUUCGGCCACGUUUUGAGAACUGAUGGUGUCCGAGGGCUGUACAAUGGUCUGACAGCGUCAUGGGCACGGCAGUUGACGUACACGACGGCAAGAGUGGGAGUCUAUGAGUUUGCAAAGAACAAAAUUUUGAAGGAUACUGGAGGACAGAUGCCGCCGUUCUACUUGAAAGUGUCGUUGAGUUCUUUGGGAGGUUUUUGUGGUGGGCUGGUUGGCACUCCCGCUGACAUGAUCAAUGUUCGAAUGCAGAAUGACAUGAAGUUACCUGUUGAACAACGACGGAACUAUAAGCACAUUUUUGAUGGUAUGAGAAGGAUUGUUGCUGAAGAGGGAGUACUCGUGCUCUGGUCUGGUGUGUCAAUGAAUGUGGUCAGGUCUGUGUUAAUGACAGUUGGGCAGCUAGCAUUUUAUGACCAGGCUAAGCAAGCACUGAUGGGAUCUGGCUACUUUGUCGACAACUUAGUGACUCAUUUCUGCUCCAGUGUUAUUGCUGGAGCUGCAGCUUCUGCACUAACACAACCAGCUGAUGUCUUGAAGACUAGGAUGAUGAAUGAACGGCUGAGCUUGAGUCAUUUCCUCAAAUACACUUGGGAAGUCGGUCCACUAGGUUUCUAUAAAGGAUAUGUUCCUGCAUUUGUUCGACUUGCUCCUCACACAAUUCUAAUGUUCAUGUUUCUCGAGCAGUUGCGAAGGCUGUUUCCUCCUAAAUGAAGAACUUGACAGUUGAGCACGUUAAUCUGUUAUUAUAUCAGUGGUACUGUAGCAGACACCUUCUUGGCAAUAGUUGUCUCAUUUUAAUGUAUCCCUUUGUACCUGAAAUGGUUUACCACUGUUUGUGAAUUGAAUAACGUACACGACUAUGAGA